UCUUCCGACGAUGUACUUCGGGCUGAAAACCGCCCUCGGGUCGACAAAGAGAGCUCUGUUCCUCCAUCUUCAUCUUCAGACACCCAGGAUCCCAUGCGUCCUCGUCCGGUUUCCUGGCAUCCCUCUGCUCCUGUGGAACCCCCGUUGGAACCUACUCAGCUUCGUUCCAUCGGUGUGCAUUCUAUCUUGAACCCUCCUGCCAAACCUGCUGCUACGGACCGGGACUCUGUCGGUGUGCAGUCGGUGACUUCUACAGCUCGUCCAAGGUUGCCUUCAUCGCCAACAGCGCAUCUGGCACACCCUCUGGCUCAGCCUGCGCACGCCAAACGUCUUUCCUUGUCUCCGAGGAUCGCACAACGGCACAUCAUCUCUCCCAUCUCACCCUCUGCCCGAUUCGUCAAUUCCGGCAGUGGUUAUCCGGGAAAGUCCAGCGCAUCACAGUCUCCGUUGGCGCACGAGUCUCGCCCUGGCACUUACAGUUCGACUCCAGGCUCACCAGUGCCGGUGGACCCAGCCGUAGGUUCGGCUCCAGUUUCUCUGAACUCAACACCGACCUUUCACAGCCGGCGGACGAGUGCAGGGCCCAUGACAAAUCCCAGCUCGCAAGAGACCAGUCCCAGUACACCUCACUCUGUCUACAGCCAACUGGGCCGAUCCUCCCCCGCUAUCGCCAGCGCAACUAUCUCGGCCCCACAGCCUACACCGCCAUUUCUACACUCCCCAUACGGGGCCAUGGACUCUGUCGGUCGACUUCCAUCAGUAGUGGGAGCACCGAGACAUCCAGGGGAGCAUCAUCCUUCGGCCGUCGCAGGCUCGCAGUCGUCGGAGAACACCCCCUCGGGAAUGAUCCCGUGUGUGCUGGACCUCAAGUCCGGCUCUUCCAGCCAGGCUGAGAAGCGCAAGGCAAACAGUGAUGCGUCUCGACGGUUCCGCAACCGCAAGAGGAACGAAAUCCAGAUGGAGCAAAAGAUCACAGCUCAGCAGGAGGAGAUCAGGAAGCAGGCGGACGCCAUGCAGAGGCAGGCGCAGGAACUCCGCGCCCUCAUGCAGGAGAAAGACUACUACCGUUCCGAGAGAGAUUUCUACCGUGAACACCUUGGUCGAGUUGUGCCGCCCAGCCAGCUGCCUGCCAGACCUCCCUCCCCGCGAGCCUUUGGGUCGUUUGAGUCAGGACAUCUGACUCACUCGGUGCUCCCUACAGCGUCCAUUUCCUCCUCUCCGAGACCCCAAGCUACGUGGCAGACUGCUCCGUCGGCUUAUUCCGUGGCACCUGCGCCUCAGGUGCCCGAUGAGCAGGCAAGGUCAAUGCCACAAUACUCUGGAGCAUGGACACGCACUUAG